CAUCUUCAGAUAGACUGUUGGUGAGAGGAUGUGUGUGUGAUCCCGUGUCUUUUGUUUAUUAAACUGCAGACGUGGUUCACCAAAGAGCUUGGAGUCGGUGUGUCAUUUGUGGUGCUGGUUGAAAUCCGCUACAAAUUUGGUGCCGUGACCCGGAUUUCAAUAGAUCAGCCAUUGCAGAUCGCCGGUGGAGACCAUCGCUAACACCUUCUACGACAAGAUCUUUGGAGAAUAGAUAAGCAGUACAAUUUAAAACAUGGACAAUCAUAGUUUUGCACACACUAGAACACAAGAGACAUUGCUGAAUGCAAAUGUUGGAAAUGUUGAUGUUACCCCUGUGAAUACUGUUCCAAUGUUACAGAGAACUUCUACUGGGUUGGGGCGGGGUGUUCUGUUGAAUGGUAUGUUAGAGCAGAGCAUGAUAUCUAGCCCAGUAGGUCCCUCUAUGCAAAAUGUCAGCCACACAGGCCAGGUUAGGUCUAGUCAUGACUCACCUGUUACUUAUAGUGAAAGACAUGGUGCUACAGUAAGUGACCAACCAAAUCAGUGGCAAACAAUGGCAGACCUAAUGAAGCAGCUAGGUAAUGAGAUAGGUAGCCAAAUAGCUGCUAGCUUGUCAUCAACAGGCCAAAAUGUCCAGAGAGACAAUACGAAUGCUCAGCAGUCUUCAGCCCAACCCCCUGACUGGUCAAAUCUCAACCUAGUUAUCAGACACCAAGAUGUAAAAGAACCUCCAGCAUUCAGAGGCGACAAAAGUGAUAGAUGCACCAUUGAUGAAUGGGAGGAGUUAAUGCAGACCUAUCUAAAUAAGAAAGGACUUGGUGUGCCAGAACAAGGUCAGGAGAUUCUUGAUAGAUUGAUGGGCCGUGCUAAAGAUGUUGUAAGAACGUGCAUUCGUAACAAUCCCCUGAUUAAUGUGACUAGAGACCCACAUGUUAUCUUCUCUAUUUUGAGACAACACUUUGGAGAUGCAGUCUCAUCCACUACUCCGCUAAGAGAUUUUUAUGAAACCUUGCCCAGACGGUCAGAGAGUGGCUUAGAUUACUGGAUCAGACUUAAUAAGGCUGUAGACCUGGCAAACGAGUGCCUGAAAAGACAAGGAAAAAGAAUUGAAGACCCUGGUCAUGAGGUUACAAUGAUGUUUGUCCGACACUGUCCAGAACCAACCUUGUAUGCAGCCCUUCGGAGUAAACCACUAGAGACCUGGACUGCUAAUGAAGUGCAAGCACUGAUAGACAGUCAUCAUAUGGAUAAGCAUUUAGCCAAUGUGGAGAGAGCACAAAGGGUUGAAGAGAAGCCUUCUGGUGCUUGGUGUAUGACACAGCAGCAGGUUGCCGACAGUAGUCAGUCCAGUGGUCCAGAUUCAGCUCUCCUUGGUAGGGCAGUUUCUCUUCUAGAGCAGCUUAUCAUCUCACAGAAGGAAAGCAUGCAAAAAGCAGAGCAUGUAAAAACCCCAUCUGGAGAAGCAAGUUUACAUUCAGGCACUUGUAGAGUUUGUAAAGCUUCUGAUCACACAACAAAGACACACUGCUUUAAAGAGGGCCUGUGUUUCAAAUGUUUCGAGACUGGGCACAGAGGCUUUGAGUGCCCCAAACAAAAGCCAACGAAACCAGAAACAAACAGAAGUUCCUCUGCCCCUGAGCCCUUUAAACUAGAAAGCUCACACUGUAAGGGCAACAGUGUGAGUACUGAUAAACUAAAGCCCCCAGAGAAUCCAGUUAAUGUCCAUUUUAACUUAGUUGACAGUCUGACUCCAAAAGUAAACAGUGAAAAAGAAAUAAGUACUUUUAAGACUAGUUCCUGUUCACUUAGAGAACCAACUUACAAGAAAGUUAGUGAUGAGGAUGAACUGUUUCAAGUUCCAGUACUAGUUGAGGGACAAGUAGAACUCCAAGCCCUUAUAGACAGUGGAUCUGUAACCUGUACAUUGAGUGAAACAGCUGAACGCACACUUCAGGACCACAAGAUUAUCUGUGACAGGGUGAGAAAACCCACAACAAAAGUACUCACUGGAUGCGGAGGCAGCCAGGCUAAGACAAAAUGUACCUAUGAACUAAAUGUUGAUCUGCUUGGAUGUAAGAUGACAGUCAACUUUUUAGUUGUCCCAGGCCAAGAUGAUGACAUGAUCGUAGGCUCCAAUGUUCUAAGACACGUGACGCAACAAGCAAAGAGAACAAAAUGGUACUGGGAGAAUAUUUCCCAGCCUGUUAAGGAAAACAGUCAUGAUCCCCUUCUCGGUCUGCUUUCCAAUGUUGACCGUUGGCGCGGAGAAAAGAUCCCAAAAAGAGUUGGCACUGUAAUGUUAAAACAAUGUGUGACACUGGAGCCACAGCAUGAGCAUCUGAUAUGGGGCAGGCUAAAAGAAGAGGUCCCUCUGUCUGUUGGGAGUACAGUGAUGGUAGAGCCCUCAGCUUCUCAUUCUGCACCAAGAAACAUCAUGAUUGCUCGUACUGUGUGCCCGCUGUGGGGUGACAGAUGGAUUCCCAUGAAGGUGAUAAACAUGCUGGAUCGUCCUAUUGUACUUCGUCGGAAUGCAAAGAUUGCUCAAGUGCAUCCGUGUCUUGCCCUCGAAGAGUUACAGCUAACAGAGGACAUAAAGCAUGAGCCAAGACCGGUCCCUCAGAAUGUUCACAAAGAAAGUGAGAUGUUGCAAACUGACUUCAGAGUUAAGUUGAGAGAGUUGGGACUUAAUGAAAUCGAUAUUGACUCCUGUGAAGUUAAUGAUUUUUGGAAAAGACAAUUGGCUGACCUCAUUGUGAAGUAUGAGAGCACUUUCUCCCGUGAUAAGCUAGACUGUGGUGAGGUCAAAAACACUGUCCACAGGAUACAUCUGAAAGAUGAGAAGCCUUUCCGCCUUCCCUACAGGAGAGUCCCGCCAGCUCAAUACCAAAAAUUGAGACAGACACUAAAUGAAAUGGAGGAGCGCGGUAUCAUUCGAAAGUCAAACAGUGAAUGGGCCUCCCCUUUAGUUUUAGUCUGGAAACCCUCUGGAGAAUUACGAGUGUGCACAGACUUCAGGUGGCUCAACCAAAGAACAGAAAAAGACGCAUACCCACUGCCCCACCAAGCUGACGCUCUUGCCUCCUUGGGAGGGAACUGUUAUUUCAGUACCAUGGAUUUAACAUCGGGUUUUUAUAAUAUCCCAAUCCAUGAGGAAGAUCGUAAAUACACAGCCUGCACUACCCCGGUCGGCCUAUAUGAAUACAACAGAAUGGCUCAGGGCUUGUGCAAUAGUCCAGCAACGUUCUCUCGCAUGAUGACUUCAAUCUUUGGGGACCAGAACUUUCUUUCCCUCCUUUGUUACUUGGAUGACUUGCUGGUGUUUGGAAAGACGGAGAAAGAGGCACUCGACCGCCUUGAAAUGGUGUUUUCUCGUCUCAAAGAUCACAACCUCAAAUUGUCUCCAAAGAAAUGUUACUUUCUGAGAAAAACUGUCAAGUUCCUGGGACAUAUUGUAUCAGAGAGUGGCCUCACAACUGACCCAGCAAAAGUGUCUGCAAUCAGUGAUCUCAGAGUGGUGGAGCUGAUGGAAGAAGAUGGAAAGACUCCAUCAUCGACAAAAAUCAAAUCUUUUCUUGGAAUGGCAAACUAUUAUUCACAUUUCAUUGAGAGUUUUUCAUCAUUAGCCAAACCUCUGUAUAAACUGACUGCUGGACAAAAGAUCAAAGGUGGAAAAGUUGGCCCCAGAGCUGUCAAACCCAAGCGUCUGAAACCUGAAGAUUGGACUGCAGAGUGUGAUUUAGCUGUGGAAAAAAUCAAACAUGCACUUGUUAACACAGUUACUUUGGCUCACCCAGACUUUCAGAGACCUUUCCUCUUGUCCACGGAUGCAUCUAUGGAUGGACUAGGGGCGGUUCUGAGUCAAACACCUGAGGGAGAGAAAAAACCGAGACCUGUGGCAUUUGCAAGUAAGUCCCUGUCAAGAGCUCAGUCCCGUUACCCCGCCCAUAGAUUAGAGUUCUAUGCUUUAAAAUGGGCAGUCUGUGAUAAAUUUGCCCAUUGGCUGAAGGGGACUAAGUUCACAGUAUUAACAGACAACAAUCCUCUGACAUAUAUUAUGUCAAAACCAAAGUUAGAUGCCUGUGAACAAAGAUGGGUGUCUAAACUAGCGCCUUUUGACUUUGACUUGAAAUACAUACCUGGCACUCAGAAUGUUCCUGCUGAUCUGUUAAGUCGACGCCCCUUUGCAAAAUCUCUGGAAGUUUGUGAAGCUCUUAAGGGUGAAGCUCAACUUGUAACAUCCGAAGCAGUUCAAGAAGCUUUCCGGUUGUCAGUGAAUGUACUCCAGAUGUGUGACAGUAGUGUUCAGAGUGUUGAAGCUGGGAGUUUGCACCAGAUUGAAAAUGAGGGAGUGAAAGCUAUUUUAGAGUCCUGCAUUGACUGGGAAUCCACCAGACCAGUUCGUGGCGCUCAGCUUUCCCACUGCACUCACAGUUUAAUUCAUGGAGGUGUGGAUGCACUCCCUGUCUUUUCACUGGAGAAAAUAAGGGUGAAACAGAGAACAGAUUCCACUCUUGCACGUGUUAUAUUCUUUGUUGACAGAAAAAGGAGACCAUCACGAAGAGAGAGAGACAAUGAAACCGCAUCAGUACUGAGAAUGCUGAAACAUUGGGAAAAACUAGUGAUCAGAGACUGUGUUCUGUAUCGCAGGUCCAAGGAUAGGGUAGAAAAGGUCAGGUACCAACUAGUUCUUCCUGCUUCGCUUCGAAGUGCUGCUCUGAAAGGAACUCACGAUGAUGCCGGUCAUCAAGGGCAAAGUAGGACUCUUCACUUAGUACGGCAGAGGUUUUUCUGGUCUGGAAUGGACACAGAUGUCAAAAAGUAUGUUUCACACUGUAAACGCUGUGUCGUUGGAAAGACUCCAGAACCUGAAGCCAGAGCACCACUGGAGUCCAUCAAAACAAGUGCACCAUUAGAACUUGUGUGUAUCGAUUUCUGGUCUGCAGAGGGGAGACAUGGAGAGAAUGUUGAUGUUCUUGUAAUAACGGACCAUUUUACGAAAUUGGCCCAUGCGUUCCCCUGCCCGAACCAAACAGCAAAAGUGGUAGCUCAGAAGCUGUGGAAUCAGUUUUUCUGUAUAUAUGGCUUCCCACAAAGAAUACAUUCUGACAAAGGAGCAAAUUUCGAAAGCCGACUGAUUGCAGAGUUGCUACAAGUUUCUGGUGUCCGUAAGUCCCAUACUACACCGUAUCACCCGAUGGGUAAUGGGCAAACAGAGAGAUUCAACCGUACUCUUGGGAGCAUGAUCCGUUCUUUGCCUCCACGAUCAAAAGAGAGAUGGCCCCAAGUGAUACAGACACUCACAUUUUCAUAUAAUUGCACCACUCAUGAAACUACGGGAUUUGCACCCUUCUACUUGAUGUUCGGUAGAGUACCGAGGCUGCCCGUAGAUAUCAUGUUUGGAAAUGCUCUGAGGAAUGAUGAGAUGCAGACUUACAAUGAGUAUGUGGACUGUCUUCAGAAAGAUUUCAGAGAAGCUGUAAAAAUUGCUCAAGAAAGUACAACUGAAGCCCAAAGGAAGCAGGCGAGAGAGUAUAACAAGAGAUCCAAAGGUGUGGCUUUAGAAAUUGGAGACCGUGUCCUUCUGGUUAACAAGAAAGAGAGAGGAAAAGGAAAGUUAGCUGAUGUGUGGGAUUCUGUAGUUCAUGUGAUAACUUGGAAAGAUCCAACAGUGCACAUCUAUAGGGUAGAAGACCCAGCUACAAAGAAAAGUAGAGUAGUUCACCGUAACUUUCUCUUACCUGUCAACUUCCUUCCCUUGGAGAAACCAGAAGCCGAUACCACAGUGUUCUCCACAAUCUCUGAGGAAGAAACAUAUGAGAUGAAAGACCAAAGGCACAAGUCUAUGUUCAGUUCUGAAAGAGAAUCUAGGAGUGGCAGGAUUGCUGCCUGGAUAUUGGAAAGCCGAGGCCCAAAAGUGUCUCAACCUGUUAAGACACAUUCUGUUCAUGGACAAAGCACUAGACAAGCCACAGAGAUUGACACAUUGUCUUCAGCAGAUCACACAAGAGACAAUGACCCUUCAGUAGUUAAUGGUGGAAGCAACCACAGUGACUUUCCUUGUGGCAGUUGUGAUAUUGAUGAUGUCAGUCUAAAUGGCCAGAAUACAGAUGAUGGGAGCAGUGUGACUAAUUCAGACUCAACUGGAAUGAGUAUUGAAGAAGAAAUGGUUGAAGAGUCUGUGACCAGUCAUAGUGUUCAAACAGAACCUAAUACUGUCCCAAGUGAAGCCAGUUCUGAAAGUAGAUCAGACAGUAGUCACAAGUUUAAAGUUCCAAGUAGUAAAACUAGAGUCACAAAGAAACUGUCCCCAAGACAAGUAAGUGUGUCAGACACUGUUUUGAAACCAAAUGAAGGUAGUGUGAGAACUAGAUCUGGUAGAUUAGUAAAGCCUGUUAAAAGACUUCUUGAGUGUAUGAGCAUGGUAAUAAGUGAGCCACAUACUACUGAUCCUUUAGCAGAAUUGCUCAGAAUCCUUUCCAGUCUUGUUGGAUGUUAAAUUUCAUUGUAUAGUGUUGAAGUGUUCUGAAUAAUGUCAAAGAGUAAGCAUGUAAAACUUUAAGAGCAUUUGAGAAGUACUUU